UAAAUUCGUUCGAUCUAGGGUUUCCCCUCUCCUUUCGCUGCCGCUGUUACGCCUCCGUCUCUUGCCUGAACCGCCGUUUCUAGGAUUUUCUUGAGCUCCCGUCGUGCUUCCACCGAGAUGGUUCUCCCGAACGACAUCGAUCUGCUGAACCCCCCGGCCGAGCUCGAGAAGAGGAAGCACAAGCUCAAGCGCCUCGUGCAGUCACCCAAUUCCUUUUUCAUGGACGUAAAGUGUCAGGGUUGCUUCAACAUAACUACGGUGUUCAGCCACUCGCAGACCGUCGUGGUGUGCGGCAAUUGCCAGACCGUUCUCUGUCAGCCCACCGGGGGGAAGGCCAAGCUCACCGAGGGAUGCUCCUUCAGGCGAAAGGGGGAUUGAUCAUGCUGUGAUCCUUACCCUGUUCUGCAUAGUACAUGAGGUUGAACUUAGGGUUUAGGUGGUGCUGAGUUUUGAUUUUAUAUGAUGCUUGUAGAUUAGUGAUUUUGAUUAAGACUCCAUGUUCUAUAAUGACGCGUUGGUAAAUCUUCUGCUUGGAAGGGAUUUUACCAGAAUCAUCUUUAUUCAACCAUUUAUAAAUGGUUUAAACGAAUCAGCUUUGAUGAUUCAUUAAUGAUUCA